AUGAGCAGAGGACCUUCCCUUGAAUUCCCUUACAAAUCACAGUCCUUAGCUGCCAAAGAUCUUCAGGCUGUGUUUGGGAACCCAACCACCAGCUACACCAGUUUUCAGGGUACUCAGAGGAAACCCAAAAGCCUUCCUCCCCUUGAUCCAGAAGUUCUUUCUGUGUUCGUGCCUCCGUUUAUCAGUAAAGACGAUAUUCAGGUGAUUAACACAAGUAGUAAUAACUUGAAUAAAAGUAAACGUCGGUCUUUCCGAAAGAAGAAAGAGAGACCGAAGAUUGAGAAUGUGAAGAGUCUCAAUGGGGAUCAGAAAGCAGCUGAUACUGAAGAAAUUGCAGUUCCAAAGGACAUUGACCUUAUUGGUUUGCCACAGCUAUGCUUCCCAGGAGGACUUUAUAUAACCUCUGAAUCAAAAGAGGACCACAUUCACUUCCUGGUCUUCACAGAUGUCUGCGGUAACAGAACAUAUGGUGUUGUUGCACAGUACUACCAGCCUAUGCAAGAUGGCUGUUUUUCCUCAAAUGGGCAUGCCCAGUGGGAAUCCGUACAGACUGGGAAAACGCUUGGCUGUUUUGUACCGUUUGCCAUUUGUGUUAUAUCCAGAUAUCCAUAUUUUAAUGCCCUCAAGGACUGCCUCUCUUGCUUACUAGUGCAACUGCGACCUUUCAGGAAUUUCGAUGUUGACGAGCCCAUAAAAGAAUUUGCAGCAAAGUUAUUUUUAAUACCCAGCCCUCCACCAGGACCACUGCACUUGGUAUUUAAUAUGAAACCGCUUCAAAUAAUAAUUCCUUCACGAGAGGAUCCAGACAGUCCAAUUAUUGACCUAGAUCUUCAUCUUCCGUUGCUGUGUUUCAAGCCAGAGCAGGUGCUGCAGAUUAUGACUUGUAUUUUAACUGAGCAGAGAAUUGUUUUCUUCUCCUCUGACUGGGCCCUGCUGACACUUGUGGCUGAAUGCUUUAUGUUGUACCUUCAUCCUCUUCAGUGGCAACACACUUUUGUGCCUAUUCUGUCUCGUCAAAUGCUGGACUUUGUAAUGGCCCCAACAUCUUUUCUUAUGGGAUGUCAUACUGAUCAUUUUGAAGAAGUUAGCAUGGAGGCUGAAGAUUUAAUUCUGAUCAAUAUUGAUAAUGGGGAUAUUACACAUUCAAAAACACCUGAGGAGGAGCCUGAAAUUCCAGAUGUUCCAGCACAAGCAGCAGAAACUUUCAUAAAAAGAGUGGAGAGUCUUCAGCUGCAUUAUGAUUUAGAGCUCUGCCAUCUCGGUGCUAGCACAGAUCUUGGUGAACUCCAGAUGCGUAGAAGGUCUUGGCAGCAGAAACUCAACAGUGAAGUUCAGCAAACAGCUUUGCAGUUAAUCGUUAAUAUCUUCAGGGAGGUAAAAGACCAUCUAAAUUAUGAACAUAGAGUGUUUAACAGUGAAGAAUUUCUGAAAACAAGGGCGAUAGGAGACCAGCCAUUUUACAAAAAGCUGAGUACCCAGACUGAAGAGGAUAGAUUAAACUUGAUGUUUGAUAGCCCAAGAAGACGGACUAUGGAGAAAGUGGCUUCUAAACGAUUUAAUCCGCAGUACCUGGUCAGUAGGCGUAUGGUAAUCAGUAUGCCUAAUCUGCAAGAUAUCAAACUGCCAGAAGGCCCUACUAGAAAUUCCUCGCUUCGAACACUAGAAACAGGCCGUGCUGUGAAAAUGCCCUGCAAGCCAGUUAGUACGUUCAAAAUCCCAGAAGUUCACUUUCCUCUGAUAUGCCAGUGUGUCCAAUCCUACUAUGCAGACUUUUUCAACCAUCUCAGCAAAGCUAUAAAUACCUUACCACCUGACAACUCGGCGUUGCUGGCAAGGUACUUCUACCUCCGGGGACUUAUUAGCCUGAUGCAAGGCAAACUCUUAAAUGCACUUUCUGACUUCCAGAAUCUAGAUAAAACAGACUUAAGAAUUUUCCCUACUGAUCUUGUAAGAAAAAUUGUGGAAACCAUGCCACCUUCUGAACGUUCUCAAGCAGACCGCAAACCUGAGCUGAAGAAGCUGAUAAGUCGCGUGAUGGAAAAACAAAGAGAAAUUAUGAAAAUAGAUGACCAUGUCAAAAACUUUGAAUUGCCAAAAACGCACAUGCAGCUGGAUGAUUUUGUGAAGCGAAUCCAGGAAUCUGGGAUUGUCAAAGAUAUAGACACCAUACAUCGGUUAUUUGAUGCCUUAACAGUAGGACAUCAGAAACAAAUUGAUCCUGAGACAUUCAGAGAUUUCUACAACUACUGGAAAGAAACUGAAGCAGAAGCUCAAGAGGUUAAUCUGCCACCUACAGUAAUGGAGCACCUAGAUAAAAAUGAAUGUGUCUACAAGUUAUCCUGCUCAGUUAAAACUAACUAUGGUGUAGGAAAAAUAGCUCUGACGCAAAAGCGCUUGUUCCUUUUGACUGAAGGAGGACGUCCUGGCUAUGUCCAGAUUGCAGCUUUCAGGGACAUAGAAGACGUUAAGAGCACAACUGUAGCUUUCCUUCUUUUGAGAAUACCCACUCUGAGGAUUAAAACACUAUCUAAAAAAGAAGUCUUUGAAGCUAACCUUAAAACAGAGUGUGAUCUCUGGUAUCUGAUUGUGAAAGAAAUGUGGGCUGGAAAGAAAAUGGCAGACGAUCACAAGGAUCCUCAGUAUAUCCAGCAAGCACUGACAAAUGUUCUCCUGAUGGAUGCUGUGGUUGGUGCCCUGCAGUCCUCCAAAACCAUAUAUGCAGCCUCUAAACUGUCUUAUUUUGACAAGAUGAAAAAUGAAGUACCUAUGAUGGUUCCCAAAACAACCUCAGAAACACUAAAGCACAAGAUCAACCCCUCAGCUGGUGAGAUGUUUCCACAGGCAAUAGAUGUCUUGCUUUAUACACCAGGGCAUCUUGACCCUUCAGAAAGACCCGUCAACGCUCAUCCAAAACUAUGGUGUGCUUUAAAUGAGGGGAAAGUGGUGGUCUUUGAUGCAUCUACCUGGUCUAUUCAACAACACUGUUUCAAAAUGGGCAGCUCUAAACUGACUUGUAUGGUAAUGGUAGAACAAAGUCAAGUGUGGAUCGGUUCUCAGGACUCCUUUAUUUAUAUAAUCAACACCCAUAGUAUGUCCUGUAAUAAGCAACUAAAUGAUCAUCGUUCUGAUGUUACAGAUAUCAUCGUAGAUAAGCAGAAUGGAAUGCCCAGUGAAGCAUACUCAUGCAGCUUAGAUGGGACAGUGAUUGCUUGGAACAUCAGCACUCUGAAAGUCAACCGUGCAUUUCAGCUGCCCUGCCAAAAUCUGACUUGUGUCAAACUUCAUAAUGAUCGGCUGUGGUGCUGUACUGGAAGUUGCAUACUCGUAGUGUCAGCUCAUGAAUUUCGACCACAGAUGAAAAUUGAGCAUAACCUGAAGGAUGUGUGUUCGUAUUUGCUCUUAUUCCAGCUGUUUCCUGAGAGAGAUGAAGUGUGGGCGUCUUAUUCGGGGAGCAGUGACUUGUAUAUUUGGAACACCAGAGAUCUUGCAAGUACACCUCAAAAGAUUCAUCUUCAAGAUUGCUCUGAGAUUACCUGUAUGAUAAAAGUUAAAAAUCAGAUGUGGAUUGGCAGCAGGGGAAGAUCACAAGGCAAAAUCAAAGGGAAGAUCUAUGUGGUCAAUGCUGAGAAGAAGACUGUGGAGAAAGAGUUGGUUGGUCAUGCUGAUACAGUAAAGGCACUUUGCUCCGCAGAGGACAGAUAUGUCCUCAGCGGCUCUGGAAAGGAAGAAGGGAAGAUUGCCAUUUGGAAAGUUGAAUAGUUAAGCUAUUAAAAAUAUGGGUACCUUUGCUGGAAAAAGCGAAGGCCUCAGGCUUCGUUUAGUCCAGCAUCCCACGUAUAUUUCAACCAGCCGUCAGUGUUAUUUGUGUAUUUAUUGAGUUAUUUUUGUGACAACAUUGUUGUAGGAAGUAAAAACGAAAGUAAAUCUCUCCUUGCACCUUGUCGUGCACUUGCACAUUUGGUAAGGAAAUGGAAACGUGAAUAAGAAACGUGAGUAAGAGGAGUCUCUGGCUUUAAACUUGACGUAUGUUGGUGUGAAGGAUCAGGGUUAUAGAGCAGUGAUGUGUGCUCCUGUGAGCCAAAGCCGGCGAAGAAUAAGCUCGGUAAUACCGCUGGAGCUCUUCAGGUAGCGAGGUAAAGAUUGCCUGCAAUAUGGGAUUGGAUACUGUCUUUACAGCCCUAUAACAGCUUGAAAUGUUCAUUGAAAACAUUUUAAAUGCAUUUGUUAGAUGUAUGGAGUUACUGGAAAUGUUAAGUAUCUUUCUGAACUAGCAGCUAGAUUUAGUGGGGAAGGCUGUCCAGUACUACUGUAUGUAUAUUUAUGGUGCUGUAUUAUUUAAAAUGUAGAUAGAGACAGGCUCUCCCUAAUAGCACUGAAAGCUCCCUGCUAGUGAAACAAGAUACUUGGAUAUUCUCAUUAAUAGUUUUAAUUUUUAAGCUUAUUUUUCCUUUAGAAACAAUGCACAGCACUUGGCAUUUGUAACAGUUUGUGAAACUGUGGUUUUUCAUUUUUGGUUUUGGCUGAAACACUUUAUUUAUUUAAUUUCAGUCUAUAUUAUACCUGCUUUUGGGAGCAAUCUCUUAGUUGCUAUGCAGAAAAACUUCUACCACUCCUCCCUUCAGUCCCCGUUUCUGUAAUCGGAGGAACCGCUGUUCUUAAGCGCAUAACCUGCUUAAUUUUUAAGUUCUCGGAAGUCGUCAGACUACUCCUUAAUACUGAAGUAAGCAUCACCAGAUUGUGGUCUGGGCAUUUCUUUUGGUCUGUGCUCCCCAAUCACGUAUUUAAAGACAACAGCAUUAUUAAAUUCUGAAGCUGGUACAAACCCCCUGAAGAUACUGCUAUAUAUUUUCUCACUGGUAACAGAGGUAUCUAUAUGUAAAGCAAUGCAUAGAUGCAGAACAGUUUUUGUCUGUAUCAGUGCUUAGUAAAGUGGAAUAAAAUAUUUAAAAUACUGUAAAUAGAUGAAAAAAAUGAGCUGCUACUUUUGUUAACAAAUAACAACUGAACCAGUAUAUGCCUACUAGAAGUGUAGACUAAUGGUGAUAUACUCCAUGUAAUAUUUCUAACUCACUCUUUUAGUGUGCAGAUGAAAGAUAUCAUAUGAUGGUAAUUGAAAUUUUACCUUUUUAUUUUUUUUUUCAAU